UCGCACGACUUCCGGGCGGAACGGACUGUCGGUAGACCUCUUAUGCGGGGGGAACAUUUUCCGGUCGCACACCGGAGUCGCGCUCUCGACGGACAUUGCCUGGAAACAUGCCGAAGUUUUACUGUGAUUACUGUGACACCUACCUUACACAUGAUUCGCCGUCGGUGAGGAAGACCCACUGCAGUGGCCGAAAACACAAAGAAAAUGUCAAAGAUUACUACCAGAAGUGGAUGGAGGAGCAGGCCCAGAGCCUGAUCGACAAAACGACGGCUGCCUUUCAACAAGGAAAGAUCCCCCCCACACCGUUUCCCGGCGGCCCCCCUCCAGGUGGGCCCCCUCGCCCGGGCAUGCUGCCCACACCCCCUAUGGGGGGUCCUCCUAUGAUGCCCAUGAUGGGGCCUCCGCCACACGGGAUGAUGCCCGGUGGACCAGGAGGCAUGCGACCGCCGAUGGGGGGACCCAUGCAGAUGAUGCCAGGACCACCGCACAUGAUGCGUCACCCCCGACCGAUGAUGAUGCCAGUCAGGCCGGGCAUGAUGCGCCCAGACAGAUAAGAGCAAGCGGACAGCCUCCGUUCUUCAUUGCCACGAACAGACACUGUCCAGCGAGGACGCUCGGUUUAACACUUGGGGUUAAUUGUCGAUGGGACUUUUUUUUAAAUUCUCAAACGUUCACAAUCUCUUCUGCCUCAAAUCUCAAGUCCCCCAAAGUAAUUCUCAUUUUUGUGUUAUUACUUUGUUUUCUGCUUCAGUUUUGGUAUUUAUUACUAUUCACCUUAUUUGAAAUAACUUCAGAUCCCCAUUUUAAAGAUUGUUUGAUAGAAACAUUGUUUCCCGUGUUAGUAUCCAGACCGAGGCCACACUGCUCAGCACACACAGACACACACAGGCACACACACACACACAGGCACACACACACACACACUGAAGAGUGUUUUUGAUACAUUUUGUUGUUAUUUGUGGCGAUAUUUUUUAAUUUGUUUUAGGUUUUACAUGUUUUUCAUUACAUUGAGAAAUAAAACGCUGAUUUCAAA